AGCUGCGGGUCCUGAGAUGUGACCGAAAUUUAAACCGCAGAAGAAGAAGCUCCACUUUUCCCACGUGAGAGGACCAUCAUGUCUCCACCAGGAGGAAAAAUAAACAGACCGAAAACUGAGCUGGGUAAGAAGCUUUUCAAGCGGCGGCGAGUUCUGAGCAAAGAGAAGAGGAAGAAACAUCAGAUAGUUGGCGCUGUGGUCGAUGAGGGUCUCAUCACUGUGCAUCACCUGAAGAAGAGAAAGUCGAGCCCGCGGGCGAACAUCACCCUGUCUGGAAAGAAGAAACGAAAGCUGCUCAAACAGCUGCAGCACAUGCAGCAGGAGAAGGCCGGUAUGGAAGGAGACGGGUUAAAGUCCUGCUCUGUGGACUGUGGACCCAAAGAUCCACUGAGCAUCUGA